GGCGGGACUGCAAAGGAACAGGUGCUUAAAUACCAGACAGGUGACCGGAGAGGUACACCAGAUCCAGGAACUGCGGUCCACCUACAUUUUCAUCUGACCAUUCGAGAACAGUUGUAAAGAUGACCCAAGUGGCGUUGUGGGUACUCAUGGUCCUGGUGACCGUGUCCUCCACCUUUGGGAAAUACUACCCCAAGACUGGCAAAAGGAUUCCUCAGACUCUCUCCAGAGGUUGGGGUGACCAGUUGAUCUGGGCUCAGACCUAUGAGGAGGGCUUGUACUGGUCCAGGUCAAGGAACAAGCCUCUGAUGGUUCUUUUCCACCUAGAGGACUGCCCACACAGCAAAGCACUGAAGAAAGUCUUCUCUGAGAGCGACGAGCUCCAGAAGGUUCUGGAUGAGGACUUCAUCGUCCUCAAUCUGGUGUAUGAAACCACAGACAAGCAUCUUUCUCCUGAUGGCCAGUAUGUCCCGAGAAUCAUUUUUGUUGACCCCUCAAUGACUGUGAGAGCCGACAUCACAGGUCGCUACUCCAACCGGAUGUAUGCCUACGAACCCAAUGACCUCAAACUCUUGAUGACCAACAUCGAGAAGGCCAAGAAGUUCCUCAAGUCUGAGCUGUGAACACGAGGGCGAGACAUGCGUUCUCUGUCACACCCCGGUCCUGGUUCCAGUAGAGCGCUGUCACUACAGUUUACACACAGAAAACUAAGCACUGGAAAGUUUCCACUGUUCACCUUCGCUUGAACUCUUUCCUCUUUGUAUUCUCCUACUGUUUCUCAGUUUUGUUUUUAUUACUGUAUUCCUGAAUGACUUUUGAAUAAAUAUUAAACUGUA